AUGCAGACCUACGCGAAUGCAAUAGUUGAGUCCUUGCCCGCCUUUGGUUGUGAUAAAGCCUUCGGCGUCUCUGGAACCAACAUCCAUCAUAUCUGGAAAGCCCUACAUCGCCCAGAUAUCAAAGUUUACCACUUUCGCCAUGAAUCAGGGGCUGCAUUUGCUGCGGCAGAGUAUUCUAUACUGACUGGCAAAUUCGUUAUUGUUUUCGUAACGAGCGGGCCAGGAAUCACGAAUGCUAUCACUGGAUUACGUUGUGCUCGUGCAGACGGAGCACGUAUCGUCUUCAUUGCUGGCUUGACGAGCGAGGAGACUGAUCGAGCAGGUCCUCGACUUGUUCAGGAGACUUUUCCAAUGGAUGUGGAGGGGCUGACUGGACCAACUGUCGAUAGUACACUCAGCUACUGUGUGAUCGUCAGGGACCACUUGGACGUAUGGCGACUGCGACAAACCUUGAUGCGGAUUAAACGUGAUCCACUUGGGGGCGUCCUGGGUGUUUUCUUGACUGACGCCAAAAGCAAAUCAAUCAUACCGCAACAACGUCCGAAAUUCGAACUUAUCCCAUUCCCCUCUUUGUCCAAGGAGGCCCUUGAUGUUUGCAAAGAGGUUGUUGAGAUGCUUAAAACAAAGGGCUCUGUACUUUGGAUCGGUUAUGGUUGCCGCGGUAGCUCGUUUCUAGUCAGACAGCUUGCGGAACGAUACUAUCUCCCCGUUCUUGCUACGCCCCGCGCUAAGGGGAUCUUUCCAGAGACCCAUCGCUUGUAUCAAGGCACAACUGGUUUAGGGGCAUCGCUUAACCCUACAAUGAGAGCUACUCCGCCUACAGGGGUCCUUCUUCUGGGAUCUAAGGCAGCUGAGCUGAGUUCCAUGUUUAUCCAGGGGGGAUGGGCCUGUACAAUUUUCUACUGUGUUAGCUUGGAAACUUCCGAGGUCAAACGAAAUAUGCCCAAGAGUUCAGUUUUUAUUGAAGCUGAGAUCGGUCUCUUUCUUAAAGCCGUGUUGGAGAUAAAGGUUCCUGGGCACAGAAUUGUGAAGCCGCCCAUACCAAAGGCCACUAUCCCGCCGAUUCCAGCUACAUCAAAGGGACAGAUCCACCCGUCAAGAAUCAUGUCUAUUGUUCAGGAUGUCGCGAUCAAUCGAGGUGGAUGUUCGAUCAUCGCCGAAGCCGGAAAAAGUCUCUGCUGGACAGCCCAUUACCUGAAAUUCCACAAACAUGGGCUCUAUCGAUCAAACCUAGAUUCCUCUCCCAUGGGUCACGCUGUCUGCGGUGUUGUCGGCAUGGGUCUUGCGGACAAUCACGCGGUGGCCGUUGUUAGUGAUGCAGCAAUGUUGAAGCAGUCAGAGGUGAGCACCGCCGUUCUAUAUGGAUCGAAAGCCAUCUGGCUAGUCAUGAAUGGCAGCCGAUAUGGUACUUUUGAUCAACCGUCUCGAGCUGGGGGAGAUGUCCCUCCUCCAUAUUGCAUUCCUUAUACAGACUUUGCGUUGUUGGCACGGGCAGUUGGGUGUGAGGGAUCUACGGUUACAGGGGAGAAGGAGCUGCGAGAAGCACUUAAAGAAGCAUUGAUGAGAGAUGGGCCUACUGUUAUCAAUGUUCUCAUGGAUUCUUCGCCCGUGGCAUCCCUCAAACCUAAGAAGCAUAGCUCACCAGAGAUGCCCCUGGGUAGCACAGAUAGCUGA